GUCAACCAAAACAGUUAAGUUGCAGCUGGGCAGCUAAACAAUGAGCUGAAACUCGCUAUAAAGCUCCAUAAAACUGAGGGGAGUCACUGGUAAUUCUCUGUAGGCUCAUCACUACCAGCCACAGCUAACACAUUGAUUUGAUACAUUGUUUUUAGAAAAAAAUAUCAAUUAUAGCCACUUUAAUUGUGAUACCUCAGAGAUGUUAAUGUGAAGGAAUGUAUUCAGUAUUUGGCACCACAAAACCAAAACACAGGUGUUAAACUGCCGCUAACAAUGGCACUAACCAAAUUACUAUUUGCUCACACACUAAAAUGCCAACAUGCUAACAUGCUAAAUGGAUCAUCAGUGAUCUACCAACAGCUGGUUAGCACUGCACUAACAUACUAACAGCACCAUCUGUGAUCUUUCAACAGUAUGGCUGGUUAGCACUGAGCUAAAAUGCUAACACACCAACAUCCUAACACGCUAAAGUGCUAACAUGCUAACAUGUUAAAUGGAUCAUCAGUGAUCUAACAACGGCUAGUUAGCACUGUGAAAACAUACUAACAGCACCAUCAGUGAUCUUUCAACAAUACAGCUGUUUGUGACUUGUUGCAUCAUAAUACGUUGGCCUAAAUACGGAAACAUGUAUUUAUACACCCCGGCAUGAACACCAAAUAGGCAGUUGAUGACUACAACUACAGAGACAAUUCAUAGAGCAAAAUAGUACCUUCUCUAACCACUGAUUCAACACGGUCACUGUAAGAAGAAUGGAGACUGGAGACUAUGUAAAUUCACCAGUGGACGAGAGGAAGAACGGAGGGGACAGGAAAGAAAGUAAUUCAGGACAGCUGAAACUCUACAGGGUGGUUGGCGUGAGCUUUGGCUUUCUGUGCAUCAUACAGACAGCUCUUAAUGUUUCUCUUUGGCUACAAGCCACUGAGUUUUGUAACAGGCGUGACAACAUCUCAACUGGCAAUUUCACCCCGAUGUCAGCUGAUGACAACAAUGCCCUGAUUUUUGAGAAAGACCGAUUGCUUCAAGAGAAAAAACAACUUCUUCAAGAGAAAAAACAACUGCUUCAAGAGAAAAAACAAUUUCUUCAAGAGAAAGACCAACUGCUUCAAGAGAAAGACCAACCGCUUCAAGAGAAAAAACAACUUCUUCAAGAGAAAGACCAACUGCUUCAAGAGAAAGACCAACUUCUUCAAGAGAAAGACCAACUGCUUCAAGAGAAAGACCAACUGCUUCAAGAGAAAGACCAACUGUUUCAAGAGAAAGACCAACUGGCAAAGGAAAAGAAAGAGCUGCAGCACAAUAACAAGAUGUUGAAGAUGUUGAAUGAGACAGUCAGCAAACAGCAUAAUCUGAUAAGGGACCUUCGGACAAAAAAUGAAAUUGCACAAUACUCAAGCUGUCCCCGGGGAUGGUGGCAAUACAUGUCCAACUGUUACCAGCGUUCCUACAUGAGAAAAAACUGGAUGUAUGCCAAACGAGACUGUAUGGAAAAAGGAGCUCAUUUGGUGAUUUUAAAUGACCAAGUGGAAGAGAAGGCUGUCCGUAUUUUCGGAGGUUCUGUCCAAAUGUGGAUUGGCUUGAGCCAUCGAAAAGACACAUUGACGCGCUCGUGGACAUGGGUGGACCACAGCCAACUGACUUUCCCUAACUGGAAGGAUUGGAAGCCUCAUGCUUGGAGCAGUCGGUCCAACAGCUGUGCAUAUGUUGACCAAGCUUCGUCACACUGGUUCCUGGACGCUUGUCAAAGACGGUACUAUUGGAUGUGUGAGAAGGAGCUGAACAAUAGGUCUAGCUGACCUGAAUAAGACUUGCAAAACAAAUUUUUCUGCAAACAAAACUCUGUUUAUUAAUCAGUCCCUCUCUCUUGCACACACACACACACAUAUACUGUGUGUAUUUAUGCUGUUUGCACAUUUAAUUCAUAUUCAUUGUCAAUUGUAAUGAAUUCCUUAUAAUCCACCCCAUCAUGAUUUAUUGAUUAAUGUGUGCUUUUUAUUACGUUAAAAACAAAAUCUUUUUUUCUCUAAUAUCUCUUGUGUUAAUGUAGGACCGCAUGGUUUCCAUGUAAUCUCUUCUACUGUAUGUGUUCCAUA